AAAUGAAAAGUUAUCUGUAUUAAAAAGAUUCCCAUCUUUUUAAUGAAAUUUCAUCUAAGGCAGAUCUAAUUAGUUGAGUUUUGAUAAUAGCCAUGAGAUUGCUACUUUAAUUCCCUAAUAAUCUAUACAAAAAUUGCAACUUGCUCUACAGUCUACACCUUUUAUUUAUGUUAUGAAUCUUCUUUCUUUUCCAUAUAUAUAGGCACUACCUUGUCUUAACAAGAUAGAAAAAAAGUGGCAACUACUUAAAGGUUUGAGAUGAGGAAGAAGUGUGAGCUGUGUAACUGUGCUGCAAACUUGUUCUGUGAUUCAGAUCAAGCAAGCCUUUGUUGGGAAUGUGAUGCAAAGGUUCACAGUGCAAACUUUCUGGUCACAAAGCAUCCAAGGAUUCUUCUAUGCCAUGUUUGUCAAUCACUAACACCUUGGCAUGGUUCAGGUCCCAAGUUUGUUCCCACCAUGUCACUUUGCACUGAUUGUGUCACCAAAAACAAUGAUACCUGCAACCACCAGAAUGAUGAUGAUGUAGAAAAUGAUGGUGUUGAUGGUGGUGAGGAUGAAGAUGAAGAUGAAGAUGAAGAAGAAGAAGAAGAAGAAGAAGAAGAAAAUCAAGUGGUUCCAUGGACAUCAUCAACAUCAAUGCCUCCACCACCAGUUUCCUCUUCUUCAAAUAGUGCAACCACUACUUCCACCAGGUUCUCUAAUGGUGCUGAAGAAGAAGCAAUCUCCAACUGACUAAUAAAAUUCAUGCCUUUUUCUACUCCUUCAUGUUCAUGUUCAAGUAGAGGCUCUCUGCUGUUAAGUAGUAUUGUUGUUAUUAUAACUCAUAUAAUAUAUGCUUUGAUUUUUGUUCCUCUCUUAAUAUUAUCUGCUUUCAAUUUUCGAAUAAUUAAACAUUAUUUUAGGCUUGUCAUCAUGUCAAAUAACAAAGAUCACAAGAGGAAACGCCUUCAAUGAUUGAUGUAUUGAUCUCUCAAAGUGUUUUAGAGAGUGUUGCUUGUGAAUUCAGCUUCUUCCAACUGCUGAAAGAGAAUGCUUAUUAUUAUGAUGAUGAUAUUCUGAUAUCAUAUUACAGGUAAAAAAAUCUUUUAUUUCUUUUAUGAUUUUAUAUCCCAACAAAAUUUCACCGAAAAUACUAAAAUAAAAGGGAGGAA